CGGUAAUAUUACACAACUUAUUUUUAAUUUUACGUUUCUUUAAUAUACGAUAGUGUCAUUAAAGCGUUAACGGAUUCAUAAUCGAAACGUAAAUAACGUUUAUAUUUACCAAGCUAAGGAAUAUAUUCGACUUUUGAUCAAAAUCGUGUUUAAUAUCGAACCAUUCUAUGUCACAAGCAUACAAUUUAUACAGUAAGAAUAUUUUAUAAAGUUCAACCAUUAAUUACCAUCUUGUAAUACAAGUCAUUACGAGUGUUAUCGGGACCGAAUGUCAAAGUUUUACUGCUGUUGACGACGAUAAGACAGUGAUAAAAUUGAAAAUAAAAAAAAAUAAAAAACAAAGAAAAAUGUAUUUCCUUGUAUUCAUCUCAAAAUCCUCGAUCUGGAUAAAUAUGAAAGGUGUACGUCAACUUUCAAAGAAAAUUGGAUUCGUUGGUUUAGGUAAGAUGGGUGGUCACAUGGCAAAAAAUAUUUUGAAAAAGGGUUACAAAUUAAAAGUAUUCGAUGUUGAUAAAUCAGCCAUGUCUAAUUUGGUCGAAGUCGGUGCGAAUGCUGCUUCGACCAUUACAGAAACGGUGAAGGACGUUGACGUAAUCAUUUCUAUGUUACCUUCGAAUCAACAUGUUCUGGAUUGCUAUAUCGGUGAUAAUGGUAUAUUGAGUUCAGUGAGAAAAAAUGUACUCUUGAUAGAUAGCAGUACGAUAGAUCCGUUCGUGUCGCAGGAAUUAUCGAAAGAGACUGAAAAAAGAGAAGUUAAAUUUAUUGAUGCUCCGGUAUCAGGAGGUACAAAUGCAGCGAGAGAUGGUACAUUGACUUUUAUGGUAGGUGGCUCUAAUGCAAAUUUCGAAGCUGCCAAAUCUAUAUUAGAAAUUAUGGGCUCGAGAAUAGUUCAUUGCGGUGACGUUGGUAUGGGACAGGCAGCAAAAUUGUGUAAUAAUAUGCUACUGGCCAUUAGUAUGAUUGGUACUGCCGAAAUUUUCAAUCUUGGUCAAAGAUUGGGCCUGAAAGAAAAUGUACUGAAUGAAAUAGUGAAUUCCAGUUCAGGAAGAUGUUGGUCUUCUGAAUUAUACAAUCCUGUUCCAGGUCUUCUACCUAAUGUUCCUAGUUCAAAAAAUUAUGAAGGCGGUUUUAGUACAUUGCUCAUGGCAAAAGAUUUAAGUUUGGCACAAUCUGUCGCAACUAGAACAAACACAUUAAUUCCUUUGGGGUCUUUGGCUCAUCAAAUUUAUAGGAUGCUUAAUAGUCAUGGUUUAUCGCAAAAAGAUUUUAGCAUCGUAUAUCAAUUUAUAAAAGGAAACAAAAUUUAAAACAAAAAUGCCGGCUUUAAGAGAAGAACAAUUAUGAUGUCGACUAACGUAGUAGAACAUUAUCGCCAUCUACAUAUUAAACGAUCUCGAAUAAUACGAAUAAAUGAAAGAAAAAUUAACGAUAAGUUAAAUCUUAUUUAUUUUAACGAUGCAAAGAAUUACGAGUAUGUUAAUAUUAUUUUCGUACUGAAAAUAAAUACAUAGAGAUUUCUGCAUUACCGACCGAUGCGUACUAUACAAUUCCUUCGAAACUGA